AUGUUUGUUAAAGGGACGCAGCCCACUGGAGCAGUGGAGGUCAAGCUUAACCUGGAACAAAACUUUCCAAUUAAGUGUGUAUUUACAUUCCCGGAUGGCAUUCAGACGAAAUACAAUCGACGCCCGGGACAACCGUACAAAGGCAGCACAUUUACAGGAUUGUUGAAGGACGACAAUAAGGGUCAGCUGGUUUGUAGGAUGUUGAAGGCCGCGUUUAGGAAAGGACUGAUGUUUACUGUUAAUGAAUACGAGUGUGUCGGGCUGGAUGGCUUAUCACUAUUUCACCCGUCUGUGUUUAUGAUGUUGUUGAGAUCGACAUAUGAUGAAUACAUAGAGAAGAUUAAAGCGGAGCUUGCAGCCAAGGGCAUCACAAAAUGGAACAUAGAUUUAACCGAGAAGCUGGAAGAGACAUUCACUGUAGAAGGUCCGUGA